GGGGGAGUUUUGUUCAUAGCCUUGAGAAAUCUUUGCCAUGUUGGCUGUCUAUGAGUUGUUUAAACUAAAUUAAAUAAUUUUUUAAAAACCCCUUUUUUCUAUUCAAUGGACUAACCAAGGCAAAAAAAAGAUAAAGUUUUUCACAAACAACAUAGUCCCCAGAUUUUCUUCUAUUAAUCUUCUUUGAGUACCAAAUCAUUUUGCUUUUGUUUUGAUUGUGUUUUCUCAUAGAAAAAAAGAAAAAAAGAUAGAUUUUUUUUAAUUUAACAAGGAAUGGAUGGUGUUAUUGACUUUGAAUCAGAUGAUUCUGAGUUUGUUGAAGUUGAUCCUACUGGAAGAUAUGGAAGGUACAAUGAAAUUCUUGGUAAAGGGGCCUCAAAGACAGUAUAUAAGGCUUUUGAUGAGUAUGAAGGGAUUGAAGUAGCAUGGAAUCAGGUGAAGCUUUAUGACUUUAUGCAAAGUCCUGAAGAUCUUGAGAGGCUGUAUUGUGAAAUUCAUCUGCUUAAGACAUUGAAGCAUAAAAAUAUCAUGAAGUUUUAUACUUCUUGGGUUGAUGUUGCUAAUAGGAACAUCAACUUUGUUACUGAGAUGUUCACUUCUGGAACUCUUAGACAGUAUAGGCUAAAACAUAAGAAGGUUAAUAUUCGAGCUGUAAAGCGUUGGUGUAGACAGAUCCUGAAAGGGCUACAUUACCUGCAUAGCCAUGAUCCUCCAGUUAUACAUAGAGACCUCAAGUGUGAUAACAUUUUCAUCAACGGGAACCAGGGUGAAGUCAAAAUUGGUGAUCUUGGCCUUGCAGCUAUCCUCCGCAAAUCCCAUGCUGCACGUUGUGUAGGAACGCCAGAGUUCAUGGCUCCAGAGGUGUAUGCGGAGGAGUACAAUGAAUUAGUUGACAUUUAUUCAUUUGGAAUGUGUAUUUUAGAAAUGGUGACCUUUGAAUAUCCAUAUAGCGAGUGCACUCAUCCUGCUCAGAUCUACAAAAAAGUGACAUCUGGGAAAAAGCCAGAUUCCCUUUACAAAGUCACAGAUCCUGAGGUUCGUCGAUUUGUUGAGAAAUGCUUGGCAACAGUAUCUCACAGACUAUCUGCGAGGGAGCUUCUCGAUGACCCUUUUCUCCAAGUUGAUGAUUACGUGUCAGACUCAGAGACACCAAAUUAUUUGCAAGACUCUAAUGAAUUUGACGUUACCUUAGGGCAUCGACCCUCGAGCAUAUGUGAUAACAACUCUCUAGUAAAUGGAUGUCUUGGUUAUCUUGGAUAUGAACCAGAGGAUGAUUCGUACUACCAUCAACUUGAGUAUGAGGCAAAUGAAAUUGAUUUAUUCACAGAUAACGAAGAGGAUGAUAUGGAAAAUGCUGAUAUCAGCAUCAAGGGAAGGAGGAGAGAAGACGAUGGCAUCUUUUUACGACUCAGGAUAGCAGAUAAAGAAGGCCGUAUCCGCAACAUUUAUUUUCCUUUUGACAUUGAGAAUGACACAGCACUAACUGUCGCUACUGAAAUGGUGGCCGAGUUGGAUAUUACAGAACAAGAUGUUACCAAGAUAGCAGACAUGAUAGAUGGUGAGAUUGCUUCCUUAGUGCCUGAGUGGAAGAAGGGGUUUGGGAGCGAGGAAAGUCGUGACUACAUGAACCGUGGCUGCUGUCACAAAUGUGCUUCUAGUGGUUCUCUUGUGAACUACGUAUCGUCCAAUAUUCCAGCACCGGCUAGGAACUUGCAAGUGCUACAUUGUACCAAGCAUGGAUGUGGUGCUAUGCAUGGCCGUUUUGAGGAGAUAACAUACCAUUUUGAUGGCUCUGAACAAUGUCUCACUGACCGUGCUCCUGACGGCUCAUUGGAAUCUGAUGGUUUACACUUUACUGAUAUAUGGGCACAAGUUGACAAAACAAAAUCACGCCCACGAGGCUCUGGUGACAAUCAAUCUGAUGCUAAAGACAAAACGGUAGAUGAAUCCACCUAUGGUGGUGAGGAGGAAGCUACAAGUGUCGACAAGGAUGAUAAGUCUCAUCCAAGACUACAAGACUCCCCCUCUUCAAAUUCUUCAGGAGCUAGAACUCCAGUAGAAGAUCAUGAGAAUGAGAUACGACGAGAGUUGAGGUGGCUUAAGGCCAAGUACCAAAUGCAACUAAGGGGGCUUAAAGAUCAGCAAUUAGGAGUUGUCCCAAAAUAUUCAACUCAAAGGUCCAGCAACAAAAUCCCAAGAAAUGAUAAGGUAUCGUCGGAUUCAACACCAUCAGUAGAACGGGAUCAGCUUCUACUACAAUCAUUUACAUCAGGCAAGCACUUUUCCUCAGACUUCCCCAUAGAAAUCGAUAACGGAAGUUCUAUUUCUAAGGUUAGAAGAUAUCCACUUGCAUAUGGUUCUUGCAGCCCAGAGCACAUGGCGACUGCACAGAGUUUCUAUACAGGGUCAUUGCUUCCCCACUCACUUCACCGGGCUAGUUCUCUUCCUGUUGACGCCAUAGAUUUCUAAAACUCGCCCCUUUUACAUCACUCACUCAAUCAGACAUUCAUCCAGAACCUCAAAGCAACACUGAUUGGCAGUUCAUCUGCAUGAUUCAUGUACUUUCCACGCAGUUUUUUCGACUUGUAGACUCUUAGCUCCAAGAGUAUAUUACCUUCUUUUGGAACGAUUGAAUGUAAAUAACCUUGGUAGAGAAAUCCUGAUCUCACCAAAUCAACUUUUUUGCAGUAAUCUCAAACAAAGAUUAUAUGCAACAAUCAUGUAUUGAUAAGUAAAUAUACUAUUAGAUAUUAUAAUAAAACAUUUAUUUGAGUGCUUCACCAUGAA